AUGAAUGCUUCCUUUGGCAAGAUUGAAACAGGUUAUGGUCCUGAUGAUCAAGCCUUUAUGAAGUAUCGUACUCAAUACCAUUUCAUUGCCCCUGUCAACUGGAUGAAUGAUCCUUCUGCUCCUUAUUUUGAUGGCCAACAUUAUCAUUUGUAUUAUCAACAUAAUCCUUAUGAUCAAAUCUGGGGGAAUAUGACCUGGGGUCAUGCUAUCAGUACCGAUUUACUCAAGUGGGAAGAUAGACCAUUUGCCCUUUAUCCUGAUGGACCUGAUGAUAAAUUGGGAGCGUUUGAUGGCACUGUACUUUUCGAGCAAGGAUAUCAAGGUCUUCCAACAUUGAUCUAUACAGCCGUGUCAGCUGGUGGCGAUACUUAUAUUCCUGGACAAGAAAAGCAAGUAUUAGCAGUGACAAAGGAUAACGGUGAUUCUUGGACACGUAUUCAACCUGUGAUAUCCAGCCCUCCUCGUCAAUUACCUGUCAAUGGAUUCCGUGAUCCUUAUCUUUUCCGUUCGUCUGAAUUUGACCAACUUCUCCAACUGAACAACAAAAAGAAUGAUUCUAUUUAUAUGACUGUUUCUUCUGGGGUGGAUAACAAGGGAGGUCGCUUAUGGUUAUAUCAUUCUAACAAUUGGAUUGACUGGGAAUUCCGUGGUCCUUUCUUAUCUCAUCCUGCUUAUCAUGUGGCAAACUCUGAUUUUUAUGGCAACGAUGGUAACAACUGGGAAGUCGCAAGUUAUUUUACAUUGAAGGAUCCUCUUGGACAAGAUGAUUGGCACGUGGCAACUUGGGGAAGUCAGAAGGGACGACAAGGCAUCAAUUUUGAUCAUUGGGCUCUCUGGACGGCAGGACAGCAUCUCUCAAUAUCACAACCUGACAAUGACGAAGUGGCAGCAACUACACCUCGUAUUGAAGAAACUAUGAGUGGUGUUUAUGAUUGGGGAAUCCUCUAUGCUCAGAUGAUGUUCCGUGAUACUAAAAAGGAUGGUCGAGCAUUGGUGGUUGGUUGGGUACAAGAUGACAUUAUUGAACCUGCAAAGAAUCCAGCACGUUGGAACGGAGUGAUGGGUGUGAUCCGUGAAGUCUAUAUUCAAAAAAUCGACGGUGUGUCUCCUCAAGAUCCUCUUUUACAACAAGGCUAUUCAAGUUACGUAUAUGACAAUACAACCAAGACAGUGCGUACCUUGGCUUCUCGACCUUUCUCAGAAAUGGAUUCUCUCCGUGGUCAGAAAUGGACAUUGGAUCAAAAUCAUCACCAUGACCUUUCCAAUUUUACUAUUCCUGUCAAGUCAAAACAUGUGGAAAUCGACGCUACCUUCAACAUACCUCUUGGUAUCAAGACUCCUUUGGACAUUGUCAUCCGUCAAUCUCAACAGGAAGAAACAAUCAUCAGCUACAUCCCCGAUAUUGGACAUAUUUGUAUCAACAGGACAUUAUCGACACUUCAGCCUAACAUAUAUCGCACAUCACCUGAAUCACAUGCUUUCCCACUUUUCCAACUUGAACAUAACAAACAUGGUGUGGUAUUGGAACCUUUACAUUUACGGAUAUUGGUUGACAACUCUCUGGUAGAAGUCUUUGCAAAUGAACGCACCACUAUCUCCACUCGUAUCUAUCCUACACGUGAUGAUUCUACUGGCAUGUCCAUUCGAUUACCUUCCAAUAUUACUGUCUCCAAACUGGAUGUUUACUCUAUUGAUUUCAAGGCCUGGGACCGUCCAUGA